GUCGCGUUCUACUCAUCGCAGGAGCGGCAACAGUCUUAUUUCCAACAGCAUGUAGCGAGUAAAGUUCGUGACACGCGCCUUAUUUCUCGUUUUGUUUUCAUGUUACUUCAUUAUCUUCCGACGCAUGACAGAGUCCGUCGUUUUCGUACGGUGAGAUGUUCCGUCGUCUGCGAACCUGACGUGCAGUCUACGAGACAGCUUUGAAGUCUUCAAGUUUCUGUCGUCUGCUAGCAGCUGUCGUCUGCCUCGAACUGUUGUCGUCUGCGAGCAAGUUCUAUGGGUUGUUGAGAGACCCACUCACGUGCACGAAAACUGCGCUUUCUGUCCAGGCAUCUUAUUUUCUGCAACUUGGUGUUCCGUCGUCUGAUGAAUUCUUCCUUUCGCAAAUUGCUCGGUUCAUUAUCCCAGGAGUCUUUGCCUGUUGCAUCUGACAUUUCCCGUCUGCUGCCCCGUCUGUCGUCUGCAACGUGACACCUUGUGCUUUCUCGUUGUGUGACGUUGGGACGGCGCCCAAGGUACGAUGAAGUUGAAGAAGAUAACUUUGAACUGAUAUUUGUUGUGUGCCGGUGGUAAUCGGCGAAGUUUCGGUGUGUUUUGAGUGCGCGUUGUCACGUGCGAUCUAAGUUGAUGGGGUGCACCGGGACCAAACAGACUUGUGAGACGGAAGCGGUGGAGAAGGCCGAAGUCAUGGGCUCUGCUGAAAGAGCGAUGAAAGCGGCUCUUCUCAUCCAGCGCUGGUACCGUCGCUAUUUGGCCAGACAGGAAAUUCGAAAGCGUUGUUCGUGGAAUAUAUUCCAGAGUCUCGAAUACGCCGGAGAACAAGACCAAAUCAAGCUCCACAAUUUUUUCACGGAUCUGCUGACUCAUCUGUCUAAUGUAAAGCCUUCGGUCGCAGCUGCCAUCUCCAACAGCCCAGCACAAUCACUCAGAGGUCACCCAAAGGCUCUUCAGAAGGCAGACCACGCAGAAAAUCAGUUGUGGAGGAACACCAAUCCUGACGACAUUCCCGUGGAGCAUGCCUACCAGGGUCCCCGACUCCAGCUCCCCCUGACGGCUGCUCAAGUAGACGAACUCAUCCAGGGCUUCAAGGAGAGAAGGACGCUGCACGUAAAAUAUGUGUUGAUGAUUCUUCACGAAGCCCGCCGCUACCUGCAGCUUCAACCGAACAUCAGUGCGGCAUCCACCGCCUUCUCCAAACAGAUCACCGUCGUUGGAGACCUGCACGGGAAGCUGGAUGAUCUACUCACGGUUUUCUACAAGAAUGGACUUCCAUCUCGAGACAACCCCUACGUGUUCAACGGUGACUUCGUGGACCGGGGUAUCCAUUCCAUCGAAGUCCUCCUCUUGCUUCUUUCCUGCAUGCUGGUGUGGCAAGGUGCUGUCUUCCUCAACCGAGGAAACCACGAAGACUUCAAUGUCAAUCUCCGGUACGGAUUCCUCAAGGAGAUAAUGUUCAAAUAUACAAAGCAAGCCGCCAAGAUAGUUCAGCUCACGGAAGAGUUGUACAGCUGGUUACCGAUCGCCACGCUCAUCGACAACAAGGUGUUUGUGGUUCACGGUGGGGUAUCUUCCAUCACUGAUCUUAAAGUGAUCGCUAACAUCGACAGGCAUCAGUUCGUAACGGUGCUGCAGCCCCCGGUUCACGCCGGUGGUUACAGUGCCAACGAGUGGAGACAGCUGGUGGACUUGCUGUGGAGCGACCCGCGUCCCCAGUUGGGCUGUCGACCCAACGAGAUGCGGGGCGGAGGCAGCUUCUUCGGACCAGACGUGACCAAGGCGUUCCUUCGAAGACACAAACUCGAUUCCAUCAUCAGGUCGCACGAGUGCAAGCCCGACGGGUACGAGUUUACGCACGACGGAAAGGUGCUAACCAUCUUCUCAGCGUCCAACUACUACGACAUCGGAAGCAAUCGAGGCGCCUACGUCAAACUGGUCGGACCCAAGCUUGUUCCACACACGGUCAUGUACGUCAGCACGGCGCAGACGCGGAAAGCUACCAUUCAGCAGAGAAGCGGCUACAUUGAACACAGCGCCCUGAGGGAACUGAAACAGCACAUCUAUGCCCGUCAAACUCCGUUGCGGGAGGAGUUCAAGAACCAGGACCCGGAGAAUACAGGAAUGGUGAGCAUCACAGAAUGGUGCAACAUAAUGGAGAAGAUCGUUGGCCUCCAUGUAACGUGGAGGAUCCUGUGCCCGAAGAUCGCACGUUGUGACAUGACCAAAGGAUCAGUCCAGUACGAGACCACCUUUGACGAGUACAGCCUCACAAACAACUUUGCUCAGAAUGGGCCGUCCUUCCUGGAGUCCCUGUACAAGAACAAGGACAGCUUGGAAACCAUUUUCAGGAUAAUGGACAAGGAUGGGUCAGGGCUGAUCUCUAUGGAAGAAUUUAAGGACGCCUGCGAUCUUCUCAGCCAGCACGCCAACACCCCUAUGUCUGCCGACCAGGCCGAAGAACUGGCACGGAGCAUUGACAUCAACAAAGAUGGCUUCAUUGACUUCAACGAGUUCCUAGAAGCGUUCCGACUCGUGGACAAGCGACCUCCGUCGUCUGCUCUUGGCAAUGCAGACGACGAAAUCUCCAGAUGCUGCAACGGCAUCAAGUCCCCUGACGAAGCAGAUGAGGCAGAGUACGGAGAUUGCACUAAGCUGUGAUUGCACGGCUUGGUUCUUUCUCCCUUCUGUCGGCAUUCAGGGUGAAACCUCUUUCUCAUUCACUACCUUCUUGUCCCGAAAACAAAAAACAAAAAAAGAAACAGCGGGCAAAUGGUAAGGGCUGCAUAGGGGACUUGACCCAGUCUUAAGCACAGCCCGCUGGUCUACGGCACCGGAUCUGGUUGUCAGAAUCAAAAUAAUGCUUCUGGGUAGCUGAACCAUAGAUUUAGCUUAGGUCAUCCAAUGGACAGACGUAUUCCCGACAAUUCUGUGCAGGAAGCACACUGUUACCUAAGCGCCUGAAGCGUUACCAUUGUCUCGGUGCACUGUAUAGGCAAAUCAAUCAAUCACUCACGAUGUCCCGACUGCACCGCCUAUUCACAUACUCUUAUUCAGCCCAAAAUAACGCAGUAUCCUUACAUUCUCUUGUACAUGCUACUUGUAGUCUCUUGAGAAACAUGUGAUACUGUGUGUCUGAUACAAAAAAGGAACCGUAGAAAUGAAGAUUUCUGAUAUAGUUACGUAGAAUCUUCUACCGAUAAGGCGGUCGAAUGCGGGUCACGAGGAGGUCAGGAGCCACUAUGAAGGGCUUCGUGAGGGAAAACUCUCAUUGUGGCUCUUGGCAUGCCUGUUACGUGGACUAUAUGAACGCCGAUAUAUACUACAUGUCAUGCGAGCUUACAUAAUGCAUGAUGCAUCAUGCUAUUUCAUUCCCCUAAUUUAUGACCGUAGAUGCGUAGGUGUCUCACCCAUCAUUUCGGAUCCUUCGUCGCUUGUUCGACAAACGAUUUCAGCUGCCAUGUACAGACGUUAGUUUCAUACUUUGCAGUCUCUUUCGAGAGGUCUGUAGGUAUAGCAUGCGUGCUCCUGGCUGCGGCGCAACACAGAACGCCAGAAAGGAAAAGAAGUAAUGCUGAUUUUUCCGCCGUUGUUUGCGCGACAUAUCACGGUUUCUAGCGUGAACGUUACCUAACUCAACCCUGAAGACUGUCCUGGCAGAGCGAUCUAUGGAGGGAGUGUGGAGAAACUAGGGUUUACACGUGGGAUGAGGGGCACCUCAACUGCCAGCCAAUAUACGUCAACGGUCGGCUUUCGACUCGCAUUUUGUUGCUUGGUGAACAAGUAUACCUUGCGGAAAGAAAUCUUCUUACUGCCGAUUACGUAUUCGAUACUGUUAUUAGUGAAAGUGAUAGCGUCUUCAAGGGUAAUGUAAGAAAAAUGAAGAAACAAGGGGGAAGAAAAGGUUAUUGUUUUUUUGUUUUUUUUUUCUAUCACAAGAGCUAAGGACACUAAUAAAUAUGUAUGGGGCGUGCAUCAAUCACUCUUUCUUUUGCGAAUUUUUCUUGUCAUUCCCCAUCAGUGUUUUCUUUUCUUUUUCUUUUUUUUGUUACGAGGGUUGUUAACAGUCAGCCAGUCACGUAAGGUGAGGCAGAAGGAAGGGCUUUGGAAGACCGAAAUCCUGCCAGAUAGCAUAUUUAUUUAUAUGUACUAUCGAUGUCGCCAGAUGCCAGUAUGGAGAUAAACGGUAAUAUAGACAAACGAGAAAUGGAGGAACAAACUUCCUUGUCGCCCAGCUCCAGCUCGACUCCGCCAGAAAUGAGGAACUACGCUUGCUUAGUUUCAGCGUAUAUGUGACUAUCCUGGAAAGUUUUUCGUUGAGCCGGCUAUAAAACUCUGUUACGUUUGUACUUUGCCACACUCUCUCUACAUGUCGCUUAGCAUGUUGGAUACACCUGAUACCCUCCGCUUUUCACGUGUGUGUUUCAUUGUCAAAGAGCAGUACCACUUCUUGGAUGUAUAGGGUCACCCAAUUUGCAGAGCUAAUCCCUAGAGCAGACAAUGCUGCACUCGUUUCCAUUCAUAAAAUACAGAAGGUAUACGUAACUUAUAUGAGACUGCGACGUAUUGUUAGUCAGUCAUUGGGUCGCUUUCAAGAUGGGGAGUUCUGCUGCCAUCUAUACAUGUUCAGGCCUUCGGUGGAGGCGUUUCUGUGAUUCUCCUGGCAUGUAGUUGAAUAAGUUCAUAGUUAACGACAAUGAGUUUAUAUUCUAUUAAGUCAUUAUUGGCAUGUGGUAUGUGCGUUAUUACAAUUGUCUUCAUUAUUAUCAUUAUUACAAUUAUAUUGUAACAGCUUUACGUGUCAUUGCCGACUUGUGUCUAAAGCCCGAAGUAACAAAGGCACCCUGUGGGGAGCGCAAAGGAAAAAAAGGGAGGGGGUAUUGACAAACUGGGGGGGAGGGGGAUAUAUUAGGGGUCUGGAUAGAUUACUGGUGAUAACGCUUCUGUUUUGAUCGUGCAUUGCUGGUUAGCUUCACAGGGUUUCCGAUAGGCGCGAGCCUACCUUCACGUUAUCAGCCAAUCACCGACGGAGCGACAAAUAGGAAGUCACGUGAUCCUCUGCUCCACCAUGUAUAGUUGCCGCAUAUAGUGCACAACACUUCGGUGCAUUUACCGUGUCCGUUCUCGAAUUAACGAUUGUUGAUCUUCCUCAGCCGAUGAAGUGAUACUCACAUGCAUGCAGACAUUCUUAUCAAAUACUGCAUAAUUGCCGUAUCGCUUUCGAAACUUCAUCCACGCGUAAUUCUAUCCACACUAUAGUACUUUACGUGACUUUAGAUGUCUAUACCAUUGUACGCUCUGCUUGACUUGUACAUUUGCCUGUAUGAUACAACAUCGUCUCGAGAAAAACGUCUUGUGCCAGUGAUCUGUGAGUAGCCUUGAAUCUCUAGAACCAUCUAUGCACAUUGUCCAUUUUUCAGCUGGUUCCAUCGGAGGUCCAUACGCUAGAGUUAGUGAGUUUUAGUAUCCGCCAAAUGAAUAUACAGGGUGUUACCCUAUAACAGUCUACCCGCUCCGGCAUGCCGUGCUCGCCAAUUACUUAAUGCAGGCGGUACAAUGUAUUGCCUACGUAUAAAACUCGUAAGGACAUUCCAUUAUGGUAAAUAUCGAAGUGAUUGAGCACCGUAACGCAAAGUUAUAGCGCAAAACGUGAGGUUCAUGUAGUCAAAACAGCCAAGAUGGCGCCUCUCAGUUAGCAGACGACAUCCCUUUUGGGUGUCGUCUGCUUAGUAUGCGUCGGCAUUUUUCGUUCCUCACGUUGCUUACUUCUGAGCAAAAUACGACAGUUACGCGAAAACGAAAUGAAAACUGCAGUUCCAUCUGGCUGGCAGGAUAUGCGACACGUUGUCGUAUGGGGAGCAGCAUGUCAAGUGCUCUUCUCAACGCCGCCAUCUUGUUUGUUUUGACUAUGGGAAUUGCACGUUUUGAGUUAUAACUUCGUGCUGCGGCACUCAAUCACUUUGAAAUUUACCGAGAUUAAAUGUCCUUAUGAGCUUUGUAUAAAGAUCGCACAAUGUGCCACCUGCAUUGAGUAAUUGGCGAAUACGGCAUGGCGGCACGGGUAGACUUUUAUAGGGGAACACCCUGUACAUAUAUAUAUUCAAUAUCUGGGUCCAACGCAAAGCUGCGGCACGGUCAGGCGAGCUUUUACUUCGGUGCGUAGGUAGAGAGAAGUAGAACUUGCGCUCCGAAAGCACAGUGUGAAUGAUAUAUAGUUCCGUGCAGAUCAGAACUUUAUGUGUGAUCUAGAGAACGUAUGUCAUUCGGUUACUAACGCUGUCUAUAGGCGGCCACACGUUCCCUAUAGAGGAAAAAGGAAUGGGAGGGAGUGUCUACUGGGCCAACUUCGCAGGGAAGUGUGCAACAGAAAAAAAAAAAGAGAGAGAGAGAGAGAGGCACCGAUAGACAUCACUCGGUGCUUGGGUUUGAAUCGGGGUCAGCGGCAAAAAAAAUAAAAGCGUUAAAAACCCCAGUGCCGGGGAGCUAAAAAGACAGACACAUUGCGCAGUCAGUGCUAUGUCUGUGUCGGUCUUUUUAGCUCCCCGGCACGGGGUUUUUUAACUCUUUCAAACGUGAUUCCAGAAAACCGAACAGCCUGAUUUUUAACCCUUUCUGACAAAAAAAUAAGUCAAACGGAUACGAUGUGAAAAUGUGACUGCAUUGUCUUUUUUUGUGUGUAUUUUAUGGGCUUUUCUUUUUAAGACAGAAGAAAAAUGCCUGGUUGCCAACCAAUACUUCAAAAGUCAGCUAGUUACUCUACGGGUGACUAUGAUACUCCACCCUUCAAAAUAUUCAGUUGCUUCCAUUCAUGUAGAGAGAGAGUGCUCCAUCUUUUCGAGUCUCGGUGCAUCAACAUUUUGACACCCUGGAAAAGUGUUGCAAGGAUUUGUUGUAGACUGCAUCUGCACGGAACUGUGUCAUGAAUUCGGAGUAGAUUUAUGUGCUAGUUAACGCGAGGGUCUAGUCUCUUUGUUGUACUGCAAUUUAUAUUCAGUUUCGAAAAGCUGUUUAUGAAAUAUGGCAAGUUUGUUCAUCGGGCAUGCAGCUCGACAAGUGUGUAGAGUGCAGGAGACCGAAAAUGAGCUUGAGAUCGAGCUAGCAGGUAGAGCCGUGCGAAUAUGAAACGAAUACCGGAUGCUAUUCGAAUGCUACUCGCAACUUAGUUUCAGUAUUCGAAAUGUUCGAAUAUUUUUUUUCGGAUAGUACUGAAACAAACUGUUCUCGCCAUUCUGCAAGUGGGCUUCACCUCAUUACAGUCAAAAGUUAGGUGAAGCCCACUUCGUGUUCCUGCCAUUGCUCUUUUGAUGCGCAGAUUCAUUCUGCAAGUCUGCUCCGCCUCAAACCUUUCGAGCGUUAGGUGAAGCCCGCUUUACACUCUGCAACGAGUAAAGAUACUAGUGUCACUAAGGUCUACGAAUUUUGUGAGCUCGUGGUCACCAGUGUGUUCUGGACACUGCAGGUUCCAGUAAAUGUACUCCCAACUUUGAAUUAUAUUCAGUAACAGAUGGAAGUAUGUGCAGUUUGUAAAAAAGUACAGGAAAAUUCACAUCGUAAACAUAGAAUUGAGGAGAUGAACACAAAGCAGACUGCAUGGAACGUGUUGACUAACACUCAAUGCAGUUCAUCCCACUAAUACAGUCUACCAUGCACAACACAGAGGGACCCUUAUCUCACGGUAUGUUAUGCUGGGCGAAAAGGCUCGAGUUUUAGGAGCAGACCAUAAUCUAUAAUGAGCACAACACCACAAAAUAUUUCACCAUGAGGUAUUCGAAAUUAUUCGAAUUGGGCCGUUUCUAAUUAUUCGAAUUCGGUUCGCCAUCUGAAGAAAUUGUUCGAAUUCGAUUCGCGAUGCAAGUGAAAUAUUCGUAAACUGUUCGCAAUGGAAAUUUUGCUAUUUGCACAGCUCUACUAGCAAGGAUCAGAUCAGGAGUGUUCUAAUAGAUAUGGCCUCAUAUAGUUAAUAAAUUGGAUGUGUGGCAAAAGAAUAAUGCCACGAAGUGAAUGAUAUGCUGGAAUUCAUUUGGUAGCUUAUCCUCCUUGUUUAUCUGCUAACAAUAUCAAUUUGAAAAGAGCUCAGUGGCGCAUUUUGUGGCGAUGUGGAACAGUGUGUUUCAGCGAGUUACACGUUUUAUCUUUCGACGCAUGAAAAGGAAUGAGAGAAGUAUGUCAUUGAAGGUUGAAAUGGACUGAUACAUUGUUUCCCUUCCCCUGUUCCUUUCUGGGAAAGUACAGUUUACAUAAAAGUGAAGGAAAGUCCUCUGAGCUUUGCUCUUCUUGUUAGGAAUUAUAAUCUGCCGCUAAGGAUUCUGGGAUGUCCAGAAAUCGUAAAAAUAUCGCGUGGGCAUGAAAAUAUGAAAAUGUUUUGACUGACGGAGACAUUGAAGAAACUUUUGGGAGGAUGAAUAAUGAAUCCAGUGUAGCAGGACAAUGAAUUUUGCUUUCCACGACUAGUAUUACCUGAUCAAUUUAAUCGUAUAAAAUGUUAACAUACGUAUACACUUGUUCUCUCGUAUGUUCUAUGAGAGCUCAUGAAUGUCGUUUUCUCCUUUUUGAUGUGCACCCCGUAUAUGAUUUCCUGACAUCCUUUGUGCUACGUACUGAAAUAUUUGUCAGAAGGGCAAGGGCACAAGGCCAUCUGGUACAUAUGUUGAACGAAUCUGUCGAAGUCGAACACAAAAUCUGCGUUGUGUCUGUCUGCCCAUGUCUCCUGGUUCCCAUAGUUCAACUAUAAAGUAUUUUGUGUUUCACAAAAGCGACACUUACGGCUAAAGAUUGUGGGAAUUUCUUCAAGUCCCGCAGGGCUGCCCUGUAUCACCCCGUCCCAGAGAACACAAGCUGAGUUUUUGCGUAGGCACUCUUCAUUAGCUUAUGUAUAUGUACUGUCUCCUAUAGUCCUCCCUUUCAUUUGCGACUUCUGGGUAUAUAUGCCUGCGGUAUCUGGCCCUGUGUCAUGUUAUUCCUUUCUUAUAAUUAAGACGAUGGGUUAGGGCAGGGUAUGACGCAUAUAAAGCAUGUCAGUACACCCUAGCGUCAUCUGCUAGCCAAUGGCAGCACAGAUGAGGAAUAUCCUAGCUGGUUAUCACUGCAGGUCUCUUUCCAUACCUGUACUUGACAGUGAGCAAAUCUGUUGUCGUGGCCUUAAAAGCCUAAACUCUCCAUACAAUCUCUGAUAAGGAUUCCCUCUUGUCAGAUACACUCUUUAAAAAAAAAAGUGUGUACUUUACCUCCUUUUUCUUGCAACAUACAUCACUCACUUUAUGGAGUGGUGUUACGCACUAACUCCCUACUUGAGAGUAAUAUUACUCUCCUGUAGGGGGUAAGGGAGUAAUGUUACUCCCUUGUUGGAGUGGGGAGACUCCUUUUUGAGAGUAAUUGUACUCUCCAAAAGGGAGUGAUAUAUGUGUCAAGAAAAAGGAGAUAAAGUACACCCCUUUUUUUAAGAUUGUAGCAUUGAAAUUUCCAGAUUAGUACAGUCAAACUCCUUUACAACGAAACUCAGGGGACAGCAAAAAAAAAUUCGCAGUAAAAGUAUUUUCGUUAAAAAGGAUGUUCAUUAUUGGACCUAUAGGCUCCAGCGGGACCGCAAAAAAAAAUUUGCUGUAGUGGUAUUUUCGUUAAAACGGUGUUCGCUAUAAAGGAGUUUGGUUGUAUGUGGAAUUUAGGAAUUAUGGCCUAUACUGCUUUACAAAGCAGUUCCGCAACAUUUCCGAUGAGCAUUUUUCGUUAUAUCCUAUUAAGAGCACAAUCACCAUGGUCACAUUGUUCUAAUUGUUCUUUCACCGUUCUAGAAACUGAAUAAGGCACCCUUAGAACAUUAACGUGAUUUCCAAAUAAGAACGUGGUUGGCCCGUUUACGUUGCAUAUACGGUUGUUUACACAUCCACUGUGAUGUGAUGUUUUCUGUUGUGCUUUCACUUGGCACAUCCUGAGUGCUGUGUCUUCAGCUCACACGAGCAUCUAAACGACUCGGCAUUAGCCAUUAAGAAGGAAGUAUACUCUUCCACUAUACAACACCAGAGAAGCGCCAAGGUCACUGGUAGAACCUCCGUGAGUAUGGCUACAGUGAGCCAACCCUCUGGCAUGCUGCUUAAAGCGUGUGUUUGGUAACGUUACUUUGCAGAGGACUGCAACAGUGAGCUGUACAGGUGUACAUACAGUUUCUUUUUUGCGCGAUACGUUUGUUCCAUGUAGAAUAGACUUGUUUGUUAUCCCUCUUGUAAAGAGCUUUCCUGUGCAAUGUUCUGACCUUGAGUGAGAAAAAUACCUUCAUUGCGAAAGCUUCCAACAUGGCAAGGCAGCUUCCAAACAGAGGCGGAAACUGCAAAGCAACUAACUAUCACUACCGUGCCAACAUUACCCAUCCAACUUGCAAGCUUCCUUUAAAAAAAAUAGAAAAGUUUAUUCGAAACACAGUUUGGCAAUGUCUAGUCACAUGAUGCACAUUCCAAUGUUUCUUGCCGCCUCUAUUUAUGCAAGUGCGUGACUCCAGCUGCGAGAAGCUGAUCACAUUUUACUGUGUGUGUGUGUGUGUCUGCACCGCCAAUUUUUUGUACAUAUUGCACUACAUGCAUGAAUUUGACAAUGGGAACUGCACGUAACUGCAUCAAAUGCCAAGGGGCAUAAUGUAUUUAAAAAAAAGAUAAUAAAUAUAUUUACUUAACAGUUCAA